AUGAGCUUCGCGGCAACGGCAACGAUGACGAGUGCGGGUCGAGCAACGCCGGCGACCUUCGACGGGAACCCAGCACCGGACCGAAAGCUCCUCGUGGAACCAGGGGACGCUGCCGCCCUUUCAAGAGUGGAGGCGGAUCCUCGUGUUCGGUACAAUCCCCUUGCACCCAUAGGGGAGGGCGCUUUUGGUAUGGUCUAUCGCGCUCUGGACACUGAAACGCAAACCGUUGUCGCUGUGAAAGUCAUCAACCUGGACGAGUGUCACGACGAGAUCGAGGGAAUUCAGCAGGAAGUUACCGUCAUGGCUCAGUUGAACACGGCACACGUUGCAAAGUACUAUAGAUCUUUUCUCGUGGGGCCUGAGCUCUACAUCGUGAUGGAGUACGUGGAUGGUGGCUCUGUUCGGGAGCUGAUGGAGUUUCUCGGCGGGAGGCUCUCUGAAGACAUCAUCGCAGUGAUCGCCCGCGGUCUCGUGGAGGCGCUCGUUCACUUGCACGCUCAGAACAAACUGCAUCGCGACGUGAAAGCCGCCAACGUCCUCUUGACCACGACAGGCGACGUUAAGCUGGCAGACUUUGGGGUAAGCGGGACGCUCACCUCGACUUUUCGGAAGCGGAACACCAUGGUUGGGACGCCCUACUGGAUGGCCCCCGAAGUCAUACGUGAAAGCGCUUAUGAUGAGAAAGCAGAUAUCUGGUCGCUGGGCAUUGCGUGCUACGAAAUGGCUACCGGCUUGCCACCGUAUGCCGAUUUGCACCCGAUGCGCGCGCUCUUCCUGAUUCCGAAGAGCGAGCCGCCGCGACUGCCCGAAAACGAUGAUGGAUCCUCGCCGUGGUCUGCAACUUUUCAAAAUUUCCUCUCAUGUUGUCUUCAAAAGUCACCGACUGAACGCGCUACCGCUGCAGCGCUGCUUGAACAUCCGUUCUUGCGCUGCGGUCCAGAAGCAAAAUCGCAACUCAGCGAACUCGUGCAGCGAAAAGUGCGAAACCAGCAGAUCCUGACGAUGCCUUUAGCAGCGGGCAAGACGGGUACCGAGCCUGUCCCAUCAAAAUCAUCGUCUUCGAGUGCAUCGGUGUCUUAUCAUCCACCGACGUCACAUUCAUCAUCAGGGGAGCCUCAUCCCUCGGCUUCGGUGGGCGGCAGCCUGUCCCGCUGGGACGACUCGCUCGGUCUCGACGAAUAUCUGGCUGCCUCGCAGCGCGCUCUGGAUCGAACGCAGUGGCGCUACAUGAGCAUUCCACGUCCCAACACGAUCGUUGCGGGUCGUACAGCGUCAUUGAUGGCGACGAAUUCGCGACAAACAGGUCCGCCGCAUGAAAUCCAGUCAUGGACCUUCGACUCGAACGAGAGUGGCAGCGUCUUGAUCACGAACGCUCCGGGAUGCACCUGGACUGGGGAAAAUUCCCAACUGACGCCUUCACCGUCGCAUCCGAUGUUCUGCUAUUUGCUGGAACCCGCGAUCCGGCGUCUUGUUGCGAAGUACGCCAAUGAGGGGACCGAUGCGAAUGGUCCCGAGCUUGCACGCCUCCUCCAUAGUAUUUUGGCGCAGUUUCAGCGAAUGGAGUGCAUUCGGCCCGGUGCGAGUUGUGCAUUCAUCAAAGAGCUCAUGGCUGCCGUACAGCAAACACGCCUUCCAGAGGGUGAUCAUGCGCAAUGA